AUGUUUGAUCAGUGUGCUAUUUCUGAAUUAUCACUGAAAGGCGUCAAAGAUGCUGGAUAUGGAAGGAUGACCCAGGUGCAGGAGGCAACUCUGCCAGUAAUCCUUCAAGGCAAAGAUGUUCUUGCAAAAGCGAAGACAGGAACAGGAAAAACCGUUGCCUUUUUGCUGCCAGCCAUUGAGGUUCUCUCUAAAUUACCCAGUUCUCAACGGAGUCAGUUGCGGUCGUCUAUAAAUUUGCUUGUGAUGUGCCCUACUAGAGAGCUUGCAAACCAAGUCGCUGUUGAGGCCAAAAAGCUUCUCAAGUAUCAUCGCUCGCUAGGUGUUCAGGUUGUAAUUGGUGGCACACGAAUAACUCAAGAGCAACGUAACAUGCAGGCUAACCCAUGUCAGAUUCUUGUUGCUACACCUGGAAGGCUUAAGGAUCAUCUUGAGAAUACACCUGGUUUUUCUACUCGGCUCAAAGGGGUGAAGGUUCUUGUUCUUGAUGAAGCUGACCGCCUACUCGAUAUGGGAUUCAGAAGAGAUAUUGAAAAAAUUAUGGCUGCCACUCCUAAAGACCGUCAGACACUGCUAUUUUCUGCUACUGUUCCAGAAGAGGUCCGUCAAAUUUCUCACGUAGCAAUGAGGAAGGACUAUAGGUUCAUUAACACAGUUAAAGAGGGUGACGAGGAGACACAUUCACAGGUUAGCCAGAUGUGUAUGAUCGCACCACUUGAUCUGCACUUCUCUAUAUUAUAUGAUGUACUGAAGAAGCAUGUCGCAGAUGAUGCGGACUACAAAGUGAUUAUAUUCUGUACUACUGCAAUGGUCACGAAACUUGUUGCUGAAGUUCUCUCCCAGCUGAAACUGAAUAUAAGAGAGAUUCAUUCCAGAAAGUCACAAUCUGCAAGAACUAAGGUCUCGGAUGAAUUCAGAAGGUCAAAGGGCGUGAUAUUAGUUAGUUCUGAUGUGUCUGCUCGUGGUGUUGAUUAUCCUGAUGUCACCCUCGUCAUACAGGUUGGGAUUCCUGCUGCCAGCGUGAAAGAUCUGUCAGUAUCAGAGGCUGUGACACCUUCAGUUGAUUCAAGCACUCAGACAGAAGUGAAAGGUGCACUCAGAAGAGUAGAGAUGAAGAGCAAGGAAUCAGCAUAUCAAGCAUGGUUAGGGUACUACAACUCGAACAAGACCAUUGGUGGUAACAAGUCGAGACUUGUUACUCUCGGCGAAGAGUUCAGCCGGAGCAUGGGGCUUGCAGCCCCACCAGCCAUACCCAAGCUCAUUCUUCGUAAGAUGGGUCUUGGCAAAGUUCCUGGCUUUCGAUCUACAUAG